AUGGGCGAUCAAGAACCAGAUGUCAAUAAUCAUAUUUAUGAGGAACAUUAUUUGGCUAGUGAUGAUGGCAAUGGAAUUGAAGAUUUCGAUUUUCUUGAUAAUGAUACACUAUAUAAUGACAGAUUUCAAACAGGAGAAAGCAGUAAUCCUAAUUUAGAGGACGCAAAUAAUGAUGAAGACGAAAAUCACUUCGUUGAUGAAGACAUAGAGGUUAAUAUUGAUUACAGUGAAGGACAACCACAUGUUACUCAUGAAGAUACAGAGUUUAAUAUUGAUUUCAUUGAAGGACAACCAAAUGUUACUCAUGAUUAUGUUUCUCCUGGUGGCACCUUGUAUUGGACUUCGAUUGUUUUAGAUGACAUCAAACCAAAAGUUUCAUCAAAAUUUAAUUCAUAUGGUGAAGCAGAAACAAUGUAUAGAAAAUAUGCAUUAGAAUCUAGUUUUGAUGUCAGGCUUGGAAGAGUCCAAAAAAUGAAAAAUGAGAUUAUUACAAAUAGACAUCUUGUGUGCAAUCGGGAAGGUAAUCUGAAUACUAGUAAACUAGAUACUCUAGAUAUUCAGCAUAAGAAGACUCAAAGAAGGAAAGAUCUAUUUAGGAGGAAUUGUAAAGCGAAAGUUGUUUUAGAAAUAAUUCCCGGUACUCUUACAUAUGUCGUGAGUGAUUUUGUAGAGCGACAUAAUCAUGAGUUGUUUAGCAAAGGCAAUAUGCACUUAUCUCGUUCAAAAAGAAAACUUGAUUAUUCCCAGGAAAUUUUCAUUCAUAAUUUGUCAAAACAGAACAUUGGUCCUGUAAAAGCACAUAGACUUUAUAGUGCUCUUCAGGUUGGUCCUUCGGUUCGAGGUGGAUUGGUUACUGAUUUCAAGAAUGCUAGGAGGAAUCUUAAUUGUUACAUAGGUGGGAGGGACGCGAAAUUCCUUGUUGACAAAAUGAAUGAUAGGAAGAAAAAUGUCCCAUCAUUUACUUUUGAGUAUAAAGUGUCGAACAAGAGAUUGAAUUCUUUAUUCUGGGCUGACGAAAGAGCAAAGUAUAAUUACAAUUCAUUCGGAGACAUUAUAUCACUCGAUGCCACAUUCAGCAUGAAUAAGUAUGAUAUGGUUUUUGUACCGUUUACUGGCAUUGACAAUCACAAAAAAUGUGUAACAUUUGGUGCUGGUCUUUUAAGUAAAGAAGAUGGAGUUUCUUAUGAAUGGUUGCUUAGAGCUUUUUUGAAAGCUUUUAGAAAACAACCUCAAUUGGUUUUAUCUGAUCAAGAUCCAGCUUUGAAAAAAGCUAUAGAUAAGGUUUUCCCAUUGGCACAUCAUAGGUUAUGUAUGUGGCAUAUAACGAAGAAGUUGCCAAAUAAGGUUCAGAAGGAGAUAUCAAGAUCUGAAGAUAAUUGUUUCCAAAAGAAUGUGAUAUCUUCCAACGGUGUUGACACGAUUAUUGUUAUGGAGAAAAGAAAGAACAUAACUAUUAGGCAAAUAAGUGAUGUCGAUGUUGAUGACAAAGAUGAGGAAUACAAUUACGAUUGUCUUAUAAGGGAUACUGAAUACACGGUCACACACUCAACCAAAGAUGGUUCGUUCAAAUGUACUUGUAUGCAUUUUGAACAUUUAGGUAUCUUAUGCAGACACAUGUUCUGUGUGUUUAAGUUUUAUGGCAUCGAACAAAUUCCUGAAAAGUACAUUUUGAAACGUUGGCGUAGGGAUGUCAUUCCAACAGAAUUACUGAAAAGACGCUUCACUAAUUCUUUCGCCGAUUCUACUUCCGACAUGACUGCUAUUGAUAUUUUUUCAACUGUUGACCGUUGUGUGUCUUUUUUGAGCCACGAUGCAGCAAAGUUAAAGUUAUACCUCGACGAACAGAAUAACUUGAAAAAAAAAUUCGUAGGCGACUGUCCAAAUCAUGAUCUACCGACCAGAGCAGAUCAUUUCAAGCAGCUUUUAGGUGUGGUUGGUCAUAAUAUAGAAUCUGAUGUUAAUGACAUUUAG